GGGACCUGCUGGUAGAACUAAUUUUGAACAACCUAUAACGGUAUCCGUGCGGAUAGUGUGGCCUUCGGACUGACAAAAGGCAAAGACGUACGCAGCAGAAACAACUGGCGUUGUCGUGUACACGACGAGGUCGUCGGAGUAACCGUCGCGCGGGCUCGUGAUUACAAUUUCUCCGAAUAAAAGGAUCAACCGUGAGGCGUAGACUGCUAUCGAAACGUUCCAAAAUCCAUCCGUAUCAACGAUUUGGGAGCGACGAGCCCAUUCGUGAGGGAUGUCUACCCCUGCAAGAAGGAGAUUAAUGAGAGAUUUUAAAAGAUUACAAGAAGAUCCACCCACUGGAGUAUCAGGAGCACCUACAGACAAUAAUAUUAUGAUAUGGAAUGCAGUUAUAUUUGGACCACAUGACACUCCGUUCGAAGAUGGUACCUUCAAACUUAUAAUAGAGUUCACAGAAGAAUAUCCAAAUAAACCACCUACAGUGAGAUUUGUUAGUAAGAUGUUUCACCCCAAUGUGUAUGCAGAUGGAGGCAUUUGUCUUGACAUCCUGCAGAACCGUUGGAGCCCUACAUACGAUGUCUCUGCUAUCCUAACAUCCAUACAGUCGCUGUUAAGUGACCCGAACCCGAAUUCACCUGCCAACUCAAUGGCAGCGCAACUGUACAAAGAGAACCGACGCGAGUACGAGAAGCGAGUGAAGGCUUGUGUGGAGCAGAGUUUUGUGGAUUAGUCGCGGGCGUUUUCACGAUGCUUUUGCAGCAUCAGACAACCACCUACAGCCAUCAGAUACAGUGGAGAACGUGCAGCCUUACCGAGGAGCUAACGCUAAAACAUUUAGCAUGUUUCUUCCUAAAGCUCUAAAGAACUACCACGAUGUGCAACAUUAGACCGAAUUUUUACAAUGUUGAAUAAUAAAUUAUUAUAAAAUUGUGUAUUUAUUUAUUUCGAUAUUUGAUAACAUGAAAUUAGUACUAUUAAACAUUAGAGGAUAAUUAAUACUUGGCGCUUUCGUUACUGUGCUACAGAGGCAUUGUGUUUCAUAAGCACAGAACUGUAUUUCAAUUAAAUUUUAGUACAUAUAGUACAUAAAUUCACUUAUACAUAUUAUAUAUAUAUAUACAUAUAUGUAUAUAUGUAUAUAUACAUACCACAUACA